AACACAAUCUUCACCCCCCCCAUAAUCUAUCCCCUCGCCCUCCUCCUGCGCCUCACCCUCCUGCUCUACGGCACCUACCAAGACGCCCACUCCGCCCUCAAAUACACCGACAUCGACUACCAGGUCUUCACCGACGCGGCGCGCUUCACCGCCGCGGGGAGCAGUCCUUAUGACCGCGCCACCUACCGGUACACCCCGCUGCUGGCCUGGCUCCUCCGCCCCACAGUCUGGGCGGGAUGGUUCGCCUUCGGCAAGGUCGUGUUCGCGGUGGCGGACGUGGCGGCGGGGUGGCUGCUGGCGCGGACGCUGGUCGCGCACCGCGGGUUGCGCGAGGCCACGGCGCUGCGGUACGCCAGCGUGUGGUUGCUGAAUCCGAUGGUGGCGAAUAUCAGUACGCGGGGCAGUUCGGAGGGGCUGUUGGGGUUCUUGACGGCGUUGUUGGUGCAUUUGGUUCUCGGGGGUGCUAGCAGCAAUGGGCGUGGGAAGGAGCGCAUGGGCAGGGUGGUGGCCGCCGGUAUCGUGCUGGGGGUCGGCGUGCACGUUAAGAUCUAUCCGUUUGUGUAUGGGGUUUCGGUUCUGUUGGUUCUGGACCAGCAUCAGACCCCGCAGAAACAACCACCGCAGAUCCACAACCAGCAGAACCCAAACCAGAAACAACAACAACAAGAACAACAGAAGAAAGGACUGGGACUACGACUCUUCUACUACUUCUGCAAGGAACUCACCCCCGCCCGCCUCACCUUCACCACCACCGCCCUCCUCACCUUCCUGGCGCUCAACGCCCUCAUGUACCACCACUACGGCUGGCCCUUCCUGCACCACACCUUCCUCCACCACCUCACGCGCGUCGACCACCGCCACAACUUCUCGGUCUAUGCGUCUCUGCUGUAUGAUUCGGCUGCCACCGCUGCCAGCACCAGCACCACCAGCACCACCAGCACCACCGGUGCGAUAGCGAUCAGGGCCAGCAUCGAACGCUGGGCCUUCCUCCCGCAACUCCUCCUCUCCGUGCUCGUCAUCCCGCUCGCGCUGGCCCGCAAGUCCCUAACGGGGACGAUGCUGGCGCAGACGUUCGCGUUCGUGGCGUUCAACAAAGUCUGUACGAGUCAGUACUUCCUCUGGUACCUGAUCUUCCUGCCGCUGUAUCUGCCGGACUCGUCGUUUGUGCGGCGGCCGCGGCUCGGGGUGGGGGCGUUGGGCGCCUGGGUGGUUGCGCAGAGGGGGUGGGAUGCACCGGUGCUUCGGGAUGAUCUGUCGUCUGUUACAGGCCCCCAGGAUCGUGCUAAUCACAUUUCCGUAUGUCAGGCGCUCUGGCUGCAGCAAGGGUAUAACCUCGAGUUUCUGGGGCGGUCGACCUUCGUGCCGGGGCUGUUUGUGGCGUCGCUGGGGUUCUUCGCGGUGAAUGUGUGGAUUCUCGGGGUGAUUGUGCAGGAUAUUGGGGCGUUGGAGGGCGAGCUACGCUAA